AUGGAGGAACUGUCGGGCCUUAUGCGUACGACAUGGAUGUCGAAUAGUAAGAACCAUUUUUUUGGACAAGUGUGCAAUGCAAAAUCUACUCUUGUUGAGUUCAUGACUCAUUACGAAACUGCAAUAGAAAGACAACGUCACACGCACCAGAGAAAUGAUCAUGAAUCUCGAUACAAACGCCCCCAGUUGAAAAGUAAUUAUAAAGUGUUUGAGAGCCAAGCUGCUGCUGUGAUAUACACAAAAAAUAUUUUUUGUGACAUUCAAGCUGAGCUAAUCGGGAUUGGGGAUUGCUUAAAUCAACAUUAUGAAGAGCAGCCCGAUGGGUUUGUUAAGUUCUACAUAAAUGAUUUCCAGCAGCCUUGUAAAUCCUUAUUCGAGGUAAUGUACCGUAAGUCUGAUUGCACCAGCACUUGCUCAUGCAGGCGUUUUGAGCAGUUUGGUUUGCUAUGUAUAUUUUAUGUUUUGAGAAGUCAGGAUAUUAAGGAAUUUCCAAAACAGUGCAUUUUGAAUAGAUGUCGAAAAGAGGCUUCGCCAAAUUGCUCUUCGGAUCAUUCAAUGAGUCGUGAUUUUAUGACCGAGCUUGAUCCCGAUGUGCAAAAUAAGCGGUUUGUUGCUCCUCCUCCUAGUACUAGGGAUAGAUUUGCUGAGAUAACAGGGCAAUAUCAAAACGACAAGAAUCUGAUAAGAGUCCCUGUUGGGUCUAAGUCGAAAGUUUCUAGAUCUUGCAAGCGUUUGAAAUCCAAACAAGAGGAAGCAAUUGAAAAAAUAAAAACAAAAGGGAAGCCCAGGGCGAAAGAAAGACAGUGUAAGAAUUGUAAAGCUUUCGUAUACUACGCAUAUACAUGCAAGAAGGCCCAUGUAAGAACACACAAUAUUGAGAACAAAACUGAAUCUUCAAUAAACGACGUUUUCCCAUCUGUGGCUUUUGAACUAUUUGGCGAUUUAAAUUGA